AUAUAUAAGAGCACAUGGUGUAAUGCCCAGUCACAUAACCAGAACAGAGGUGUGUGGCAGAUUUCUAGGACUUUCUGAAGUGAAAAGCCCAAUACAGCUACAUUUCACUGCAGAGAGGCUUCAGUUUCAUGCACUGCAGUUUAUUUUUCUCGAUUUCUCAAAUAAAAUGAACGGUCGCUGCCUUUUUCAGGCUGUAGUGUGCCUCAUGUCAUUUUUACUAGAUUUUUCCGCUGCUGGUCUUUUUUGGACACUUGCAGGAAGCACUACUUUCUGCUUCUGGACUAAAUCGGUCUCAAAUGGGCGCACACAUUAUAUGUUCCUUCACCAAACUGGAGAGGCCAUUGAAAGAUCUCUUGUCCUAUUUGACAGUAUCUGGAACAAGGAGAACAGCCUGGUGGACUGCAUUACAAGCAGCGACCAAGCUGUUACCGAAAGCUACGAGUCAAAGUGCUGGGAGGCUGGAGGCAGGCCGUUCACAGAGACACCAGAUGGACGCUUUAACAUUAGUGAGCUGGUUGACCCCGCUGGCCCCUGUGUGGCUGUGGGCCGUUUGGCAGGGCUCAGGACGUCUGUGCGCAGGAGCAGAGACCUGGGGAGUGUUGACCACAAGGCGGCAUCCAUACAGCAGAACAGUGGCGAAAGUUCCGGGCUGAAGCUGAGGCGCACAAAGAGAGCAUGGAUGAUCCCAGGAACUCUGUGGUGUGGUGCUGGAAACAAGGCCCUCAACUUUUCAGACUUAGGUUUGUAUGAGGAGACUGAUAAGUGCUGUAGGGAGCAUGACCACUGUACGGACACCAUCACCUCUUUUGGGUUCAACUAUGGAGUCUUCAACACCAACAUCUUCACCUUAUCGCACUGCGACUGUGAUAUCAAGUUCCGUCGCUGCCUUCAUAGAGCCAACGACAGCAUGUCCAACAUGGUAGGCUAUGGCUACUUCAACAUCCUCAAGAUGCGCUGCUUUGAAUUCUCACAGAAAAUGCAGUGUGCAAAAAGGACAUGGUGGGGCAUGUGUAAAUUAUAUCAGCUGACCAAAUAUGCAUUGGUGAAGGAUGCAACAUAUUACAAUUCAACUUCCCCUGAGUUAGAAGAGGACAUGCAGGAUUUAGUCAUUUAUCACACGAUCUCUGCUGGAAACCACACAUUUACUACCGGCUCUGCAAUAUCCUCUAUGGUGCUCACGGAAGUUGCCAGGACAGCCAGCGGAGAACAGCUGACAGUGUCUGGAGCUGAACUGACAUCCAGUACAGCAAAUGCACCUGAGCUUGAUGAAGGAAGUCCACAGACAAAUUCACCGCUGACACAGACAACUUUACCACACGCAACACAGAACAAAACGACAGACUUGCCACACACACAAAGGACAAAUUCACCACAUACACCAACAAAAGAUUCACCAGAGACACCAACGGUUUCACUACCAGCAAAAACAACAGAUUCACCACAUACACCAACAAAAGAUUCACAAGAGACAACAACAGUUUCACUACAGACACAAAGGACAGAUUCACCACUCACAGAAAUGACAGAUUCACCAUAUGUACCAACAAAAGAUUCACCAAGGACACCAACAACAGUUUCACCACAUCCACAAACAACAAAUUCACCACAAUCACCAACAAAAGAUUCACCAAAGACACCAACACUUUCACUACAGACACAAAAGACAGAUUCACCACAUGUACCAACAAAAGAAUCACCAAGGACACCAACAACAGGUUCAUCGCAGACUCACUCACCCCAGACACAUUCAGAUGUGCCAACAAGGAAAACAACAGAUACACCACAUACACCAACAAAAGAUUCACCAAGGACACCAACAACAGUUUCAUCGCAGACACAGAGAACAGAUUCACCACAGACAAAAACAACAGGUUCACCAAAGACACACCUCCAGCCUGAUCUACACUCCAGACAAAAAGAUAAACUGGAAACAUGUGAGAGCUACAAGGACCUGGAUUCCUGUCAUCAUCAGAUACCUGCAAUGCAGGAGAAAUAUGGCCUGCGCAACAGUGAAUUCACCACUUUGUACCACUGCAACUGCACAGCAAGGCUUGCCAGAGAGUUCGCUGGACAGGAGAAGGCCGAUGACGUUCACUUCUUAUUGCUGGACUUUGUGUCCCAAUUCUGUUUUAUUCUGCGUUUGAACUGCACUGAUGAAAGCUGCUCCUUCUCUUCAACCGAGGCGCCUCUCCUCAAACGCUGGAGCAAAGACGUGGCUAGAGGGCGCCCUCUAGUGGCUUCUAAGCGUAAAGCCAAGCGCUUCAACUCAAAACGGUCCAAGAGGAAAGACUCGUCAUUUAGGCUGUACAAAAAGUGCCUCAGGAUGCACUCAAAGCUGCAGAAACACAGGGCACCCAAGGAAAAACUCCAGGACCACGGCGCUGCAGCAUCACAGCGACAAACUCUACAAUAAGACCUCUGAAAAACUCUGAAAUAACAACAUGCAACCACUGACAUACACUCGCCGGCCACUUUAUUAGGUACAGUUCAGUUGCUUGUUAACGCAAAUAGCUAAUCAGCCAAUCACUUGGCCGCAACUCAAUGCAUUUAGGCAUGUAGAGGUGGUCAAGACAACUUGCUGAAGU